AUGUCUCUUCUCCAAGGCUACUCUUCAGACGAAGACGACACCUCUAUAUCAGCCGCAAAUGACGCUUUUGGUCUCUCAUCUCUGCCAACGGCCAAGAAGGCGCGGAUUGAUGAAGCCAGCGGUUCAGGCUCGGAGGUCACUAUUAAGCCACUGGCUGCACCCGAUGUUCUUGCGGAGGACCCCUUGAACCAGACGUCCUUGAUUACACGUCCCACCGAUACUCGGAUGAAUGUAAACAUCCCGUACAAUGACAUGGUCUUACCCCUACAAGGGCCCGAAAACCCAUUCGGCGACCGCAAUAGAUUCAUUAACCAGAAUGCCCUCGCCGGCCAUGUUGAGGAGCAAGCGAUGACAGAACACGCGUUCCGACAACAGCAUCUGACCCAUGCGAUCCUCGGCUACUCCGCAAAUCCCUCUGUUGACCCGAACGCGCCAGCGAUCUUGGGUUCGGUCGAGAAGGCUGAGGCGAACAACUUCUCCACGAUUGGGAUGCUCAAGACAUCGAAAAAGGAGAAGAAUGAACUGAAGCGGAAGCGGAAACAAAAGGGCGACCUCGAAAUAGUGGACGGCGAGGGCGCGUACCAAGGGCCGUGGACACCAUGGGAAGGUGACGAGCCCCAAGGCCUGCAGUUCGGCGAGGAGGACGUCGGCGAAGAGUCGGAAGAGGAGCCAGAAGAGCAGGUGCAGAAAAAGAUCGCGAAACCCAAGCGCGGGGCGCCAGGCCUGGAGUCGUCUGUGUUCCACGGGAAGUCAAUGCACGAUUACCAAGGCCGGACGUACAUGCACGCUCCGAUCGCGGAGGCCCCACAAAUACAGACAGAGGCGGGUUCGCAGGAGACGUUCAUCCCGAAGGUGUGCAUCCAUACGUGGACUGGCCACACGCAGGGUGUCUCUGUCAUCCGCCUCUUUCCCGAGACGGGCCACCUCCUUCUGAGUGGCUCGAUGGACACGAAGAUCAAGCUAUGGGACGUCUAUACUCACGGCAACUGUCUCCGCACCUUCCAUGGUCACAUGAAAGCUGUCAAGGACGUUGCCUUCUCGAAUGACGGCCGCAAGUUCUUAUCGUGCGGCUACGACCGUCAAAUGAAACUCUGGGACACGGAGACCGGACAAUGCCUCAAACGCUUCAGCAAUGGGAAGAUCCCGUACGUUAUCCGUUUCCAUCCAGAUGAGGACAAACAGCAUAUAUUCCUCGCCGGUAUGUCGGACAAGAAGAUCAUACAGUACGACAUGAACUCCGGUGAAAUCACGCAGGAAUACGACCAGCAUCUUGGGCCCGUGAACACGAUCACAUUCGUGGACGAGAACCGCCGCUUCGUCACAACAUCCGACGACAAAACUAUCCGAGCUUGGGACUUCGAUAUUCCCGUGGUGAUCAAGUAUAUCGCGGAGCCUCACAUGCACUCUAUGCCCGCGGUAACGGUACACCCAAAUAAGAAGUACUUUGCCGCUCAGUCACUUGACAACCAGAUACUGGUCUAUAGCACCGACAACUUUAGACAGGCCCGGAAUAAGCGUUUUGCGGGGCACUCAGUUGCCGGGUACGCCUGUCAGGUCGGCUUUUCACCCGACGGUAAGUGGAUCAGCAGCGGCGACGGUGAAGGGAACGUCGUGUUCUGGGAAUGGAAGACCGGCCGCAUCAAAUCCCGCCUGAAAGCCCAUUCAAAGGUAGUCAUCGCGCACGAGUGGCUGCCCCAUGAAUCUUCCAAGGUUAUAACCGCGUCUUGGGAUGGUCUGAUCAAGCUCUGGCCCCCGAUCACUCCUGCCAAGCUGCGCACGCGUUGCUAUCAGUCUACAUUGCCUCUGCAUUUAACCCCCUGUCGCUCCUUUCCAAGUUCUCGCUUCAACGCAUCUGAAAUCAUGCGCGUAUCCUGGUUCUCGCUGCUCUCCUUCGCUGUCCUCAUCGGCAUCGCCUCCGCUGCACCCGUUGUUGAGCCCGCUCUCGAGAGGCGGGAGACGCAGGAGAAGCGCAAGAUCCUCGAAGAACGUCAGGACUGGAUCGGGGAAGGGGGCGGCGCCUCCUGGUAACAGUCCUGGGGAAGUCGACUGGUUGUUGGGUUGUACAGUCCUUAGGAGUGCGCUUUCCGCCUCCAAAUGAUUCCCGAUACCCACGGCCAGUCGUUCGCACGGCGACUCGUUGUACCGGUCACGGUUGUCGCUGACGCCGCGUUCCCUUACGGUGUUAACCUGCGAUAGGGUGCCUUUUUCUUGGUCAGUGCUUUGCGUGACACAGGGGGGGGGGUUUCAAUUUUGGCAUAUACCCCUAGAUGUAUUCUCUCCUUUCCAAUGCGUGAUUGGUCGUCGUAUUGUAUGUACCACGACGUGGUACGCAUUC